AUGUCAUUCUUUCAGCCGAUAGAGCUAAUAAGGAAAAAAAAAACGAUAAUACAAGAUUAUAAAGAUUAUUUAUUUAACUUUAAAAUUGUAAAAAAAGAAAAUGCAGACUCACUGAUUAAAUCAGUAAGUAUUUGGAAGGAAUAUGCAGCUAUUGGCUGCAAUAAUACGGUUUCAUUACAUGACAUAAAGGGAAACUGGCUGCAGAAAAAAUACAGUUGCAAAGAGAAUGUUAGCUUUUUAAAAUUCCGAGAUGAUAAAAUGUUAGGAAUUGGUAUGGAAAAUGGGAAUAUAGAAUUGAUAGGGAUAUUUUUUUUUGAUAGAAUAAAAAAUUUGAAGGGGCAUAAAUCAUCAAUUAAUGAUAUGUGUUUUAGUUCUAAUUUUCAAAAAUUAUAUUCCUGUUCUCGGGAUUUUACUAUUAAAAUUUGGAACAUAUUAGAAGGGAAAUGUGAGAAUACGUUAGAUUAUCAUAUUGAUAGCGUAACUAGUAUGUGUAUGUAUAAAAGAAAUGAAGAUAAUUAUUUAAUUAGCUCGAGUUAUGACGGAUAUAUUUAUUUUUACAACUUAGAUAAAAUUGAGAAUACAAAUAAAUUAGAAUUAAAAUCCCCUAUAGAAUAUAUAUAUAUAUAUAAAGAUGAAUAUAUAUGUGUUGCUGUAAAAAACGUUAUCAAAAUAUAUUCUCUUGAAAAUAUGUCCUUUAUAAAAGAUAUUAUAAUCACUGCAAAAACGAUAUAUUUUUUAAAUAGCUUUAAUAAAUACAUUGUAGCAGCAAGUAUUGAUGCAAGUAUAUAUUUUAUAGAUCCUCAAUUAAAACAUCCAGAGAAAACAAAAGUUGUAAGCAUAUUUUCAACUCAUCAAGCAUCAAAAUGUGUAUCAAUGUAUGAAAAUACUAUAUGUCUAGCAGAAAGUAAGGGAAUCUGGAGUAUAUAUGCAUACUGUGAAGGUGAAAAAAAAACUAUCAAGAAUAAAAGAAAGCAUUCUAUUAUAAGUUUAGAGGACGAAAAACAUCGAUUUACAAAUAAAAAUAUAAAUAAAUGUAUUAAAACAUUCAAAUAUAACGACGCAUUAAUGGCAACAAUUAACUAUGAAAGUGGAAGCGUAUUAUCAUUAAUAGAUUAUUUAUCCAAACAAAACAUGUUGGUUGCAGCAUGCUCUACAUUUUGUGAGGAUAGAGUAUUAAGAAUUUUAAAGUUUUUCAAAAGCAGAUUUGUUUUAGAUAUAUUAAUGUUUGAAUUUUUCUUUUCCUUUUUAAGUGCAAAUAAAUGGAUUGAAACUUCAAAAAAUAAAGAGAUCUUGAAUUUGUUUAAGGAAUUACAAUAUGGUUUUAGUAGAAUGAUAAGAAUAUCAAAUUAUUAUAAGAACUUAAAAGAAAUUACUGAUGAUUUAAAAAAUAAGUAA